UUGUUAGUGUGUUAGUGGAGCGUUUCGGGAAAGAGUGGGUAGACUGUCGCCAUUCGUCUUUCGACAUUUUUUUAUUGGAAAUACAAUUCGACAAUAAAUUCUUAGAAUGCACAUGCGAAUCCUAAUAAGUUUAUUUGGCAGUAGUUGAAUAAUCAUUGUUUGCGUUAUGUUAAUAGUUUGAGAGGGACUUUUUUCUGUGUCUGUUUCUUUAUUAUAUAAGUUAAGUGUGAUUGCAGAUACGGAUUUUCAGGUGUUGGUUAAUUAAGGGUCAACAUGGCUGAUGAGAAAAUACAAUUCGAUUGGGGCAAUGAGAAACUUCAAAGGGCCCAGAAGACCGUCGACGAGACGCCCUACGACUUGGAAGCCUGGAGUAUUCUCAUCAGAGAGGCGCAAAACAGACCAAUCCCAGAAGUGAGACCAGUAUUCGAGAAACUCGUCACAGUAUUUCCAUCAGCCGGACGAUAUUGGAAGAUUUAUAUUGAGCAAGAGAUGAAAAUGCGCAACUUUGAAAAAGUGGAGAAGCUUUUCCAAAGGUGCCUCAUGAAAAUCUUGAAUAUUGAAUUGUGGAAAUUGUAUCUGUCGUACGUUAAAGAAACUAAGUCCAGCUUGGCAACGUACAAGGAGAAAAUGGCACAGGCGUAUGAUUUUGCAUUGGAUAAAAUUGGAAUGGAUAUUCACUCGUACAGUAUUUGGAAUGAUUAUGUAUCGUUUUUGAAGAGUGUGGAGGCGGUUGGAUCUUAUGCUGAGAAUCAGAAAAUUAGUGCUGUACGAAAGGUAUAUCAACGUGGCGUCAUCAACCCUAUGAUAAACAUGGAGCAACUGUGGAAGGACUACAUGUCAUUCGAGCAAAAUAUCAAUCCUAUAAUUGCCGAAAAAAUGGCAAUCGAGAGAUCUCGCGAUUAUAUGAAUGCGAGACGCGUUGCAAAAGAGUUGGAGGCAGUCACAAGAGGUUUGAAUAGAAGUGCACCCAGUGUUCCACCUACUGGUCAUCCUGAAGAAAUUAAACAAGUGGAACUCUGGAAAAAAUAUAUCGCCUGGGAACGUGGCAAUCCCCUUCGCACCGAAGACACGUCCCUAGUUGCAAAAAGAGUCAUGUUCGCGAUAGAACAGUGUCUCCUGUGCCUCGGGCAUCAUCCAGCUGUUUGGCACCAGGCAGCCCACUUCCUCGAGCUCUCUUCGAAAAUCCUCACCGAAAAGGGAGACGUGAAUGCAGCUAAAAAUCUAAGUGACGAAGCAGCCACUAUGUUCGAACGUGCUACGAGCACUUUAUUAUCGAAGAAUAUGCUUCUCUAUUUUGCUCACGCUGACUUCGAGGAAGGACGAGUGAAGUAUGAGAAAGUCCAUCAGAUCUAUCAGAAGUUCCUGGAUAUAACAGACAUUGAUCCCACAUUGGCAUAUGUUCAGUACAUGAAAUUCGCGAGGAGAGCAGAGGGAAUAAAAUCAGCUAGAACAGUCUUCAAACGUGCUCGUGAGGACAUUCGUUGCAGACAUCAGGUUUAUGUAGCAGCUGCACUGAUGGAGUACUACUGCACCAAAGACAAAAAUAUUGCCUUUCGAAUUUUCGAACUGGGAUUGAAAAAAUUCGCCGACAAUCCUGAGUAUAUUCUCUGCUACAUUGAUUACUUGUCACAUUUGAAUGAGGAUAACAACACGAGAGUGUUGUUUGAACGUGUGCUGUCUUCGGGGAGUUUGGAACCUGAGAAAUCAGUGGACAUUUGGAAUAGAUUUUUGGAAUUCGAAUCUAACAUUGGGGAUUUGGCGAGUAUAGUAAAAGUGGAAAAACGAAGAAGUGCAGUUUUAGAAAAGAUAAAAGAGUUCGAGGGAAAGGAAACUGCUCAACUCGUCGACAGAUACAAAUUUCUAGAUUUGUAUCCCUGUUCAGCAGUGGAAUUGAAAUCCAUAGGAUAUAUUGAUGUUUCUAAUAUUGGAAGGAAUAAUCCAGGGGUAUCGCCACGUAAUCAAGACACAGAGGAGGUGAUAGCAGCAUUGCCAAGGCCUGAUCUAUCGCAGAUGAUACCAUUCAAACCGAAAGUCAAUCCUCUACCAGGAGAGCAUCCGGUUCCAGGGGGUUCCUUUCCACUGCCACCUGCUGCUGCACAAUUGUGUACUAUGUUACCACCUCCAGGAUGCUUCAGAGGUCCUUUCGUUGCCGUUGAUUUACUCAUGGAUGUGUUCAGCAGGAUACAACUGCCUGAUCAUGCUCCUCUACCUGUUGCUGACAACGGCUGCGACACGAAGCUCUUCGAUCUCGCUAAAUCCGUUCACUGGAUAGUGGACGAGAGUAAUGAUGGCUCACCAAUUGGCUCGAAACGACGAAGAACUCGUCUCGGUGGUGAGGACAGUGAGGAUGAGGAUCUUCCACCCCCACCUGUCAACGAUAUCUACAGACAAAGGCAGCAGAAGCGGGUGAAGUAAUUCCAUGGAUUUCGUUCCACUCGAUUACUGAUAUUCGAUUAUUUCAAGUGGCUAACGAUAUCUGCUGUCACGCCCUGAGAAAAAUAUCGAUCGUCAUGGAAUUUUGGGGACAAUUGUACGUUAAUUACACUGAUGAUUGAGUCCUAUGCACUCAAAGCAUUUAUCGAACACAAUUACAAUUAUUUUUUUUUCUAACAGAGAAAGUAGAAUGAAGAAAAGAAAUUUUAUUCAAUAGCAAAGGGAUCAUUUUAUCAACGUCAAGAUAAAUAACAUUCCUUGACAGCUCAACCGGCUAUGAUUUGUCGGAAAAAUUAAUGAUUAUUCAUAAUACAUUGGUGAUUAUGUCUGGCAAUUUCUCAAAUGAAUGGACAGUCCUGCACAUCACGAAAAAAAUUAUUCUUAUGAUUUUGUGAAUUCGUAAAUUCCAUAUAAAUAUUCCCAUUCUCUAGAUCUUCAGACCAAUAUUGUUGUAUAUAUUAAUAGAACUUGUGAAUGAGAUUGUAUUAUCCAUUGAAGUCUAUACUCCCCAUUAAUUGAAUAAAAUGAUUUUUGAAAGAUU